AUGCAAAUUACAUCUAUUUUUCAUUCUGUUUUUAGGAAGUAUUCAACAUUCAUUAAAAUGUCUUCUACUAAACCUCGAAAUGAAAAUGAAGCACCCAAAGAGAGAAAACCAGGACUGAGUCGUGUUCAAACAACUAUGCUCUUCCGAGCUGUGAACCCAGAGCUUUUCAUUAAACCUAACAAACCUGUGAUGGCAUUUGGACUCAUAGCAGUUACCCUCUGUGUGGCCUACCUUGGUUAUUUGCAUGCAACAGUAGAGAAUAAAAAGGACCUUUAUGAAGCAGUUGACAGUGAGGGGUCCAGGUAUAUGAGGAGGAAAACUUCCAAGUGGGACUGACAGCAUAAGGAAGGAAAUAAGGAAAUCAGUCACAGAACUUUUCAAGACAACUACUUUUUUUUCUCUAUCCAUUGAAAGAAUGGGUAAAUGUCUCUCUUGCUAUUUAAACCAAUUUAAGUUCCUUUAUAAAAUGCCGUGUCUGUCCAAAUAAAUUGCAGUUAAGAUACUAUGCAAACAUAAAAGUGAUUUUAAGAAUUGUUGUCUGUGAUCUCCACAGUAUGUC